AUGAUGAUGAUGGCAAAAUAUGCUUAUCAUUUACCUAUAAUAUGGAAAUACAGGCACAGGGCGAACAUUGAUUAUUUAACGAGCACAAUACGUAUUAGCAUCAAUUUGAGCAAUGGCGUUAGUGUGAGUGAGAUUGGUGCCGUGAUGCGGCGGAAUGUGUCCGCCGCGCCGCCGCGCCGCCGCGGGCCGCUCGGAGCCGGCCGAGUGUCGGUAGAGAGCGAAAGUGCCGAAGGCUGCCCUGCACGCACACGCGCGCACCGCACGCACACUAGACGCGUGCGCAGCACACGCACGUCACCGCUC